GAGUAAUUUUAUGAAUGACUCCAACUUCCCCGUGGGGCUUGCUAACUCACCAGAAGAAACCACACCACAGUACAGUUAGUUUCUAACGGCUACUGGUACCUUGAAGUUAGUCGAAAUGGAUUACACUGCUACUCAGAGUGGGUUCAGACAGCGUAAGUUACAGCCUAAUAUGCGUCUGAGGAACAGCUCUGCAGAUGGCUCAGAAGGCAGCCAGCUGUUUGAGGAUACAAGCAGUGCUGCACCUGGGUCGCAGCCAGGAUACAGCAGGAACCAGCAGUCUGGACCUCAAUCAGCGGGAUUUUCUGGCCAGUCCAUUCUUUCAGACCCCAUGUCUAAUCUAGCCAUGGCAUAUGGCAGCUCACUGGCAUCCCAUGGUAGAGAAAUGGUGGAUAAAAAUCUGGACAGGUUUAUCCCAAUCUCAAAGCUCAAAUACUACUUUGCUGUGGAUACAGUGUACGUGGGGAAGAAGUUAGGCCUUUUAGUUUUCCCAUAUAUGCACGAGAACUGGGAGGUGAGCUACCAGCAGGACACCCCUGUGGCGCCACGAUUUGAUGUGAACGCUCCCGACCUCUACAUUCCCUCCAUGGGAUUCAUCACAUAUGUCCUGGUGGCUGGACUUGCCCUUGGCACACAGAACAAAUUUUCCCCAGAGUUGCUGGGAGUUCAGGCCAGCUCAGCAUUGGUGUGGCUCAUAAUGGAGGUCCUUGCAGUCCUCCUGUCACUUUAUCUUGUGACUGUGAACACUGACCUUACCACCAUAGACCUGCUCGCCUUCUCUGGCUACAAAUAUGUCGGGAUGAUCAUAGGCGUGGUUGCAGGCCUCCUGUUUGGGAGGCUAGCAUAUUAUCUCUCUCUGCUGUGGUGUUGUGCCGCCAUUUUUGUUUUUAUGAUCCGCACCCUGCGUCUGAAGCUGUUAUCUGAGGCAGCGGCUGAGGGGCGGCUGGUGAGAGGAACCAGAAACCAGCUGAGGAUGUACCUCACCAUGUCUAUAGCUGCAGCACAGCCUGUCUUCAUGUACUGGCUCACCUACCACCUCAUCAGAUAAAACCUGGGACUAACACUUCUCUUGUCUAAGAUGAACUUGACUGUCUAAACACUUUCUCACCCACCAAAAAAUGCUCAAAGAAAACACACAUUAACACAUAUCAGAGUUGAACUUGGAUCCAACACGAUGGCCGCAGUUGUCUGGAUGACACCAUCCUCUUUCCAGAUAUAAACACAGAAGUUUACAUCCAGAAAGACUCCUUUAGUGUGUGAAUGGUGCAAAUCAUCACAUGCUUCAAGACAUAAAGAGAAAAAAUGAGGCAAUGCUGCCUUUUCUCUCACAGCACAGUCCCAUGUUUAGUAUUGCCUUUAUUUUUUUGUCUUUUUUUAUGUGAAGUCUUCAAAAGUUUGUAGCAACAGCAAGUGGCUUUAAGGUUUUGUUUUCUACACCGUGUAAUUAUUUGUUAAUUAUGUUUUAUAGGAAUAUUUAAGUAUUUUUCUGUACAGCAAAAGUAUUAUUGAUGUUACUCCUGUCUGGUAUCAGGUGAGCAAUGUUUCUGAGCCUCAAGAAAGCACACAAACUUCACACAGGCUGUCCAUUUUAGGGAAAGAAAGGAAACAUUUUCAGGUUGAACAAUCACUGGACCUGAAAUAAGGUAUGUGUAAGUGUGGGUGCAUUACCACCUCAGUUUUUAUCUGUUAAACUUUUUCUAUGUGCUUUGGAACAUGUAUGAACUCUGCUGCCUGACGACCUUGAAUAGAAACUGUAAAAGUCAUGGUAAGACAAACAGCUCUCUUGACUAUUGAUUUAGAUAUCCUUAAAAAAAAGCGAAUUAUUUAGUGCUUUUCAUAUUUAAAGCAAGAAGAGAUGAGACGGUCAGGUUUGUGGAAAUUUUUAGUCUUGACAUACUUGAAAUGUUUUAAUGCUUUUUGUGCUUUGACGUGUCUGUAAAUCACCAGUUAUUACUAUGAAACAAGCGACUCCUCUCUUUGAAAAUGUAGCCAAUGUAAACACAAAGCAGGGUAAGAUUCACAAAUGCUUAAAUAAUUCAGGAGAAUUUAAAAAUUCAGGAGCUUUGCAAUUUCCUUAAAUGAAAUAUAUUAUUAACAAGAAUUACUGAAAUGUGCAGUUAAUUGACAUGCCAAUAAAAACUUGUCUGAA